UAUCACUUCUACUGGCAAACGUAAAGAAAUGCCACAAACAACGGUAGCACCCAAGAGUAAUACAACUCCUCGUUCCCUGGCGAAGAGCCAGGAUCAGACCUCGUCUCGUACCACCGAGUAUAACCUAAUUCAAUGGGGACAACGUAAAUUACAGUAUUCCCAGGUGCCGAUAAGAUGUCAAAGACGUCCUUACAACCGAGCGGCAAAGAGCCCCUUCAAGCAGCCCACAACCAUUGCAGCAAAUCACGGGAAGACCAAAGGCACCAGGAGUUGCCUAGAGGCCGGGGAAUGCACUCCGACAUUUCGUAUCCCGGUAUCGUCGCGCUGUAAGAAGAGCCUCUCAAUGAUCGAUCUAUCUCCAGUCGAUCCUGAGAUUGGUGAUCUAAAGUCGGACAGUAGCUCCAGCGUAGCUCGUCUAGAAGACGUCGAGGAAAGAGCCACAGAAUUUCUAGGGGACGGUGGGAACUCUGCUACUGGAAUAUGGACGUUGGAGAAUAAUAUCGUUGAUCAGGAUCAAAGUAUCGGUAAAGCAGCAGGUCUGGUCUGCCAUACUCUGGUGGUAAAUGCGUGGCGACGUAGGCGCCAGGAAGUCGACCAGCUCCAUGAAACUAUCAAGCAGUUAGGACAGCAGGUGGAUCAUCUUCACAUACAGAUCGUUGUGCUGCGAAGAUUGUUAGAGACAGAAAACAGCAGGGUUGGUAAACUGAAUGCUGAGGUACACAGGGUCAAGGUUCAACUUGACGAUGUCUCGAAAGAACGGGAUACUCUGAGAACGGAAAAGGAGAAGGUAGAGAACGAUGCUAAGGAACUACGAGAAUUAUCAGAGCAGCGCACGGUAACUGCUGAGAAUUUGCGCAACGAGCUCAUGUCCACACAAAGUCAGCUACAUGCACUGGAUGCUCAAAUGACUCGAGACAGGGAGAAACUAUUGAAACUGCGUGAUGAUAAAAAAAUACUAUUGGAUAAGGUCACAGCUUGUGAAUCCUUAGCUGCCGCUCAUAACGACAGGGCGGAGAAGGCUGAGAGUGCUGUGGAGGAAUUGGAAAUGAAACUAGCAGGACAAGUCGCACUGGUGGAAACAGCUCAGGAACAGAUUCAUAGAUACUCAAAAGAAUUGGCGGCUAAGGAAGAGGAGAGACUCAAAUUGGAACAACGUUUGUGGACCAGUGAGGAAGCUGGUAGAGCUUUGAGUUUGGGUGCUGCUAAUUUGGAGAGUCAACUUUCUGAUCGGGAGGCUGCCCUCAGACGUUUAGAAUCUGCGUACACUUCUCAAAUGAUGGAACUGUGUGAACUGAAGGAACGUAUUGCUAGGCAGUCUCAGGAAAGUGGCUGGAGCAGUCGUGUUCUUCAAAUAGCCGGAAGUGUCGUACGAGCACCUCGCGCCAUUUUGCGCACCCUGUCAUUUCUUUCAAGUACCGGAAGUCCAAUGACAUCUUAGAUCAUUUUCGUGAGCAUUGCAAUGUGGCUGCUGUCACGGAAUUUUUUAAUGGCGCGAUGAACGUGGUAACAGGAAGGAGCUCACGAGUAAUGUACAUUGAUACUGAAAAAUAUUGACCGGAGCGAGGAAUAUGCAGAUGAAAAUUUUUAUCCUAUCAAAUCAUCAAGUACAUUCUUUCAAUCAUAGACAUUCUUAAAGGUAUAUUCGAUCUCUUUUUUAUUUUAUUUUUUUAAUACGUAUAUUCAUGGAUAAUUGUGGAUACUGUGACAACAAAAUUAUUUUUACUCAAUAAAUUUCAUACAAUGUAGACAAGAAAAACCGAACAACAAAAUACUCGGUAUACAAAUAU